UUAAAGUGUGCCUUUUAUUGGAGAUUUCAAAUUCUGUUAAAGGCAGUGGUUCCUACGCCGUGACGUUGAUGAAUUCUCUCUUAGCGACCUACCACCCCGGAGUUCGACCUCUACUGAACUCAUCUGACGCUGUACACGUCAACGUCACGUGGGAAGUAGCCGUUGUUAGGGGAGUGAUUGAAAAAGAGUCCAAAACACUAAUGACUGUCGUUAUCGGCUGUACUUGGAAAGACGAAUUUCUAACUUGGAAUCCACGACGUCACGGAAAUAUAUCACGCCUUGUUUUCGGAGGGUCGCAGAUUUGGAGUCCAAGACCGCUUGUUUUAAACAAACUAGGACAGUUUCUGUCCAAAGGUUUUACAGAGGACCUAAUGGAAGUGACCAGCGAUGGAUUAGUUACUGCCAAACAUACGGGUGACAUUGAACUCGCAGCAAAUAUCGAUACUCAGGAGUUCCCAUUUGACAGUCAAGUUUGCACAGCUUUAAUCCAAUUCAACAAGUAUACACCUUCAGAAGUUUAUAUGGAGGACGUUCGUCUGAGUCUCCGUCUAUACACACAAUCACCUGUGUGGGAAAUAUCCAGUGCAGACACAAUCAAUUACUUUUAUCCCCAAACCCAAAUUGCUUCAUUUAAGUUUAUAUUGAAGAGAAAACCCCUUUAUUACGUGUUUACUAUGUUUGGACCAUCUCUUAUAUUAUCUAUUCUCCUAUUGGUGGCUUUCUUUUUACCCAAUGACAAUGGAGAGAAGAUUAUGUGCGGGACUACCAUUUUUCUGUCUUACGUUGUAUUUUUGACUUAUUUGUCUGAUAUGUUGCCCGAAGAUUCCAACAAUGUUCCAAAAAUUGGAAUGUACUAUAUAUUACUGAUGAUCAGCAGUGCUGUUAUGGUUGUCAACUCCAUUGCCGUGAAUUUCUUUAGAGAAAAAGAUGGCGGACUCUGUUUUGCUAAAUCUGCGAAGAGGCUUAAUGCACAGCUUAUUUUGCCAAGAAUUAUAAAUGUGCUCUGUUUUGUAAUUUCCUUCAUCUGCACUCUGUCUGCGUUUUUAGUUAUAUUUAAUAGAGGCGUUGGAGAACCCAGCUCCAUAGACCCUCAACCAACGUCACAAAGUAUGAACUUUCCUGGAAUCAGAAUUGGAAACAGAAAGAAAACAACUAGAGUUUACUUUGAGAGAACUAAAGAAGAAACCCCAGGAUUGGGAGGGUUGGAGAAAUCUUGUUGGUGGCCUAAUCCCCAAAUGGUGGAGCAGGCAUAA